AUGACAAACAACUCACCCAUCGAACAUCACAAUCCUCUCAAGCGAAAGCAAAUUCAUGACAAUAAUAGACGGACCCUUAGCCCCGCCUCGGACCUGGCCCCGGCCCCGAACGCGUCUUUAGAAACGGCUGAAUCCACCUCCACGGAGAUCCACCAAAGCAACCCCGAAAUCGAACAACAGAAGUUAGGCGAUGGUCAAAACAAAAGAAAGAAACCUGGCUCAGCCACAGUCAGCUCCACGAAGUCCAAAUCAAAAGCCCCGAAAAAGAGAACGCCUAGCACACCUUGGCCAGAUACAUUAAAACGUCUGGCUCAGACCCACCGCGCCCUCAAUCUGGUCUACACUUUCUGUUCCACGAGGAAACACUUCGCAACUACUUUUGAUAAUAUCAAGAAGGCUGUGCAGGCGCAGCUUGGUCAAGGUCAAGAGCUUACCAUUGAGGAUAUCGCAAGAGUCAAAGUCUUGGUUCCACGGGCAGUGCGUUUCGAAUAUGUCGAUGAAGCAAGACUCGAGGUCAUGACUGUUGGCGACAAAGAUUCUGGCGAGGACUUCAAACAUCGACAAGGUUUUUGGACUGCAGAUGAUCUCAACAGUGGUAGCGUCAACGAAAAUAACAGCCUCGAAGUUAACAGAGAUGUACUGUUGUUCGAAUUUCUUGAUGGAGAUCUCAAACGGGAGGUUCUGCACCCCAAGACGGGUGAACCGGUCAACCCUGUGCGUCGAAUGAAGGACGAAGAUCUGAAAAUGCCAGUCUACAGCCAGAAACAGAUGCUGAAGCUAAUUGAGAAACGCAAUUCAAAAUUCUCUGAUGCUAUUAAUGCUUUUCUGAUUCGGUGUGAAGACCAAGCCAUUGACCCGGUACUUGUAUUGGAACAAGAGAAAGACACGUUUAUCCCUACACCUCCGGGCAGUGGCAUUACUACCCCCGCCGUGUCAAAGGCCCCAGCCACCAUUCCAAAAGAGCGCAAGUCUAUUGCAGAAAUCAUUGCAGAGAUUCGAGAGAUGGAAUGGUAUCAUGCCCAGAUUGUCCCAGAGGGCCACCGAGUAUUUGAUGCCCAAGCUCCUGUCUACGGAGAUUUGACGUUCCAACUGUCGCAAGAUCUUGUCAAUGCUCUUUACAACACGAAAGGCAUCACCCAGCUUUAUUCUCAUCAAGCGGAAGCAAUCAAUCAUCUCUAUGACGGUCAUAAUGUCAUCGUCUCUACCUCAACGAGCUCUGGCAAAUCACUCAUCUACCAAAUUCCUAUGCUUCACGAACUGGAAAAAGACCCCGACAGCAGAGGCAUGUACAUCUUUCCCACUAAAGCCUUGGCACAAGAUCAAAGACGCAGUAUGAUGGAUCUUCUACAAUACAUGAAUGGUCUUCAAAACACAAUGGUCGAGACCUUCGACGGUGACACGCCUAUGACUAGCCGGAAUCUUAUUCGGGAUGAAGCACGAAUCAUUUUCACCAAUCCAGACAUGUUGCAUAUCACAAUCCUACCCCAAGAAAGUGCCUGGCGCACGUUUUUGAAAAACUUGAAAUUCGUCGUCGUUGACGAGCUACACGUCUACAACGGUCUUUUCGGAUCCCAUGUUGCAUUUGUGAUGCGACGACUUCGCAGAAUCUGUGCUGCUGUAGGCAAUCAACAUGUCAAAUUCAUCUCUUGCUCCGCCACUGUUGCGAAUCCAGAAACGCACAUGAAGUCAGUUUUCGGUGUACAAGACGUGAAGCUGAUAGAUUUCGACGGGUCUCCAUCAGGUCGCAAAGAAUUCGUCUGCUGGAACACACCAUUCAAGGAUCCUGCAGACCCAUCCUCCGGGCGCGCUGAUAGCGUUGCCGAGACUGCCCGUUUAUUUUGCCAGCUAGUCUUACGAGGUGUGCGGGUAAUUGCUUUCUGCAGAAUCAGGAAGCUUUGUGAGAUUCUUCUUCAAGCUGUGCGGAAUGAGUUCAAGGCUCUUGAACGAGCUGAAAUUGGCAAUAUGGUCAUGGGAUACCGAGGCGGGUAUAGCCCUCAGGACCGCCGUCAGAUAGAGAAGGAGAUGUUUGAAGGAAAAUUGAUGGGAAUCGUGGCGACGAAUGCCCUUGAAUUGGGCGUUGAUAUUGGCUCCUUGGAUGCAGUCAUUACUCUGGGGUUUCCAUACUCCAUCUCCAAUCUUCGUCAACAAAGUGGCCGCGCCGGACGACGUAACAAGGACUCUUUAUCAGUGUUAGUCGGGGACAGGUACCCGACUGAUCAGCAUUACAUGCAAAAUCCCGAAGAAAUCUUCACUCGACCCAACUGCGAGCUACAGAUUGACCUUUCUAAUGAACUCAUCUUUGAAGGCCAUAUCCAGUGUGCCGCGUUUGAAAUGCCCAUCCGCCCAGACGAAGACCACAUCUACUUUGGUGCACAAUUGUACGCCGUCACAGCAACCCGCCUCAUAAAAGACACUAUGGGCUUCUACCAUUGUCACGACCGAUUCCGUCCACAUCCUUCCCGCUGUGUCGCCAUUCGCGAUACCGAAGAACACCAUUUCGCUGUCAUCGACACAACCAAUAACCGCAAUGCCGUCCUCGAAGAAGUUGAGGCUUCUCGUGCUUUUUUUACCAUUUACGAGGGCGGUAUCUUCCUCCAUCAAGGCCAAACAUACCUUGUCCAAGAACUUAAUACAGAAAAGUUCCUCGCCCGCGUAACCCGUGUCCACGUUGAUUGGAACACCAUGCAACGCGAUUUCACCGAUAUCGACCCCAUCGAAACAGAAAGCAUGCGUCCUGUCAGUAAUGAUCCAUCACCUUGUCGUGCAUUCUUUGGAUCCGUUCAGAUCCACGCCGUCGUGUACGGAUUCUUCAAAAUCGAUAAACGUGGUCGAGUCCUCGACGCCGUGGCUGUUGAUAACCCACCCAUUGACAUCCUCACAAAGGGCAUGUGGCUCGAUGUUCCAUCACAAGCAAUGGACAUCCUUAAGUCUCAUAGACUAAACAUUGCAGCUGCAAUCCACGCCGCAGAACAUGCCGUCCUCUCCCUUCUUCCUUCAUUCGUCAUCUCCUCCCCCGGUGACGUCCGUACAGAAUGCAAAGUCGCUAAAAAAGAACUCGGUCGCUCCCUCCGAUUCGCAAAUGAAACCUCUGCAUCAGAGAGAAAAGAGCUCCAAAAACUCCUUCAACCACCUGCCCGUCAACGACCUGCUCGACUUACUUUCUACGAUGCAAAGGGCGGAGCCUGUGGAUCGGGUAUCGCUAGUAAGGCUUUUGAAUUCAUUGGGCUACUUCUUCGACGAGCUGUUGCACGCAUCGAUGCUUGUGCUUGUCUCUCCCCUCAAGGCUGUGUGGAAUGUGUUUGUGAUGAACGAUGCAAGGAGAUGAACGUUGUGAUGAGCAAGGCUGGUGCUGGUGUGAUUCUUCGGUGCUUGCUGGGCUGGGAAGUGGAUGUCGAUGCUUUGCCGUGGGGUGGAGAUGUCGAUGGAGAAAUUUUUGGUGUUGGUGGUGGUGAGUUAGCAGGCGGAUUGGAGACCGUCAUAAACGCUGGAGAGAUUCCUUGGAAGGCUGGUUGUAGCCCUGAUGAUAAACCCAAUUGA